AUGAUUCAAAUGAAUAUAUCAGACGAAUGAUUCAUUCCAAGAUAACUAACCAUAUGCGAACUUUAUUCUUAUUUCUUUAACCAAGAAAAUUAUGGAUAAACUAUUCGGAGAUCAAGUGUUGCAUAUUGUAAACGGAAUUUUUUUCUCGUUAGAUUCGCUUCAGGUUUUUUUUUCUCAUUUAAUUGAACAUAAUGGGACCACCACGAUUUAAUCAACCCAGUUUAUUACUCACUGAAGAGGAAAAUGCUAUGGUAUUUGAUUUUCUGGGCAACCGUUGUCAGACAAUGUGCACAGCUGUGAUGCAACUGUUCACUACACGACCACCAGCUCAUUUGGUGUGGACCAAACGCAUCACUGGAGUUGUUUGCUUCGUUCGAGACAGUGCCAAAAGAUCAUAUUUUAUUCGGGUAUACUGUUUGGCGAGACAAGAACUCUAUUGGGAGGAACAAUUGCAUACGUGGACCGUUGUCGAGAAACCGCGCGAAUUUUUAGUCAGUUUUGCUGGCGAGAAUUGCAUGAUUGGUAUGAGUUUUGCUUCGGAAGAAGAGGCUAAGCUAUUCCAUACUACCAUGGUUGAAACGAUUACGAAUCGUCAACGGCAAUCGAAAAAGCGUGCGUCAGCCAAUGAAAAUGCUCUUUUGAAUGGACAACAAGGAACGCCAAAUGAAACGCCCAAGACGAAAAAAGUCAGAAAAUCUAAAAAAUCGGAUGGAAAACCUAAAUUAACGAAAGCUGAUAUUUCGGCGCCAACAAAUUUUCAGCAUGUGGCUCAUGUUGGAAUGGAUGGUACUCGUCGAUUCGAUUCGGAUACAAAAAAAGUUGAUGAACGUCCCAAAAAUAAUACGUACAUUGGACAAGUGAGAACUCCACCAUUACCACCAAAGCCGAAACCGAGUCCGAUGAAUUCUCCAAGAAGUACUCUGAAUCGAAGUGCACUUCCCCGUGCGCCGGCAGUGCCAUCAAUACAAAAUUUACCUUUACCUCCUCCACCACCGCCGCCGCCACUACCACCACCACCGCCACUACCAUCAGAUGAAUCCAGCGCAUCAAGUGCUAAUCAAAAUUCGAGAUCGCCCGCAUUAAAUGCUCGUGCUCCAGUUGUUGAUCAUCACUCAUUGCUUAUGGAGAAAAUUCGCGGAUUUCGAGAAGGAAAUAAUUCACUUCGUAAAGUGGAAAAAGAAUCCACGGAUUCUAGUUCACCAGUAAAGAAAAAAGUGGCCAUAAACACACGGUGUAAUGAAUUGGCAGAUGCGUUGGUAAAACGAGUUGGUGUGAUGACGAUUAGUGAUUCGGAAGAUGAUGAAUCCUCCACCGAUAGCGAUGAUUGGGCCGAUUAAUCAAUCACACACACACACACAUCAUCCGGAUAAGACACACGCAAAAAAAUGCAUUUCAAUUUUUACCAAUUUCGAAUCGAUUCAGGAAAGUUCAAUAAAAUAUGAUUAGUAUGUAACUGAAU